AUGACAAACGCAAGUGAAGUGAUGCCAGCAGGAGACCUUGGGGAGAAGGUCCAUCGAUCGCCAAGGCUGGCCCCCUCGACCAGCGAGGCUACCAUUCGAGAGCAGGGGCACAAACGAGGCUGUCUACUGUCGGGAAUCAUCUGCACCAACAUCCUGUUCCUUGUCAGUGCCCUGGUGAGCAGCACAGUCUUCAACCCAAAAGGCGUGUCCUCCAUCCACCUCCAGGGCUUCCUGUCCGCACUCAUCCUCCUCACCACAGCCUGGAUCAUCUACUACAUGGGCUAUGUUGCUAACGAGGACAGGGCAGUGCUUUACAAGGAUGCCCACGCAGGACCCAUUUGGCUGAGAGGAGGAUUAGUGCUCUUCGGUGGGUGCAGCCUCAUCAUGGACGUCUUCAAGAUCGCAAACUAUGUGGGCUACAUGCACUGCGAGUCACCCAUGAUGGUCGUAUAUCCCGCUGUUCAGGCUGUGUUCAUACUCGUACAGACGUACUUUCUCUGGUUCCAUGCCAAGGACUGCGUCCAGCUGCAGAGGAACGUGACUCGGUGUGGUUUCAUGUUAUGUCUUUCUACUAACCUGGUGGUGUGGAUGACAACGGUCACAGAAGAGUCACUGCACCAGACUGUGUAUCCCGAUGAGAGGAACAAGUCCCACAUGCAUUCUGUAACCGCAGAAGCUGACAACAGCAACGGGAGCUGCAAGUGCAGCCACACAGCUUGCGGGAUCUUCAAGCAGGCCUACUACUACCUGUAUCCCUUCAACAUUGAGUACAGCCUCUUUGCUGCCACCAUGAUGUACGUCAUGUGGAAGAACGUGGGCAGGCUGAUGGAUGCCCAUGCACAUCAUCAACACACGCAUCGCCUCCACCUCAAGGGCAUCCUGGCUGGGCCAGUGGGGGGGAUAAUCAUGCUGGUGACUGGCAUUGCUACCUUUGUUUAUUAUGAUGUGAAGGUCUCAGAGAACAGUGACGAAGCUCUGAUGCUGCACUACAUGGUAAACACGGUGGUCGUUUCUCUCAUGUCUCUAACCACCCUUGUUGGCUGUGUCAUCUACUGGCUGGAUGAGAGGAACCAUGUGUUGGAGAAGAACCCGUCACGUAGCCUGGAUGUGGGCCUGCUCUUAGGUGCCUCCCUCGGCAGCUUCCUCAUCUGUUACUUCAAUGUGGUAGCUGUGAUAGCCUCAGGAAAAACUGAGACCCUCAAUGCAGUCAACCUUGCCUGCUCGCUGGUCACUAUCCUGCAGCUCAUCCUGCAGAAUGUUUUCAUCAUCGAGGGGCUCCACCGGGAGCCUUUCAAGGAGACCCAUGCAAGUCCUAUAUUUUCCAACCCUCACGCCCUCCACGCCAACCAGGAGGUGCACCAACGGCAGAGCACAAGGAGGAGCACUGUGGUAAUCAUCACUGCAGGCAUGCACAUGCCUGUAGCCCUGGGACUGUGCUGGAAAAGGCGGGUCCUCAAGGAAAUAUGCGUCUUCCUUCUGCUUUGCAACAUUCUGCUCUGGAUCAUGCCAGCCUUUGGCGCCCGUCCCCAGUUCAACAACCCUCUUGGGUUCGACUUUUACAGCGUCACCACCUGGGCAGCCGUUGUGAACAUCGGCCUCCCCUUCAGUAUCUUCUACCGCAUGCACUCAGUGGCCAGUCUCUUUGAGGUGUACCUUAUCUCAUGAUAGUCUGCACUCUUGAAAACACGAAGGAAUCAUGCUGACCUUCAUUAUAUUGUGGUCAGAUUUUUAAGCAUUUCUUUGUCUUUUUUUGAUUUGCUUGGUUAUAUACGGUCAGCACUGCUGCAAUGCGUCUGUCAUUUCGUCUUGGAGCAGCUUGUGACAGACUCUCACGUCACUUACGAAAGUGUUCAUGGAUGAGGGGGGUUUCUGCAAGGAGCCGAGGUUUUAAAGCUCACCUGCGAAGCACUUUAUUCUCAAGAACAAGUUACUGUGUAAGGAAAGAGGACCCUUUUGUUUGUGGUUCUUCACAUUACAAUUCUAUCAAACUCAUAGUUAUCCAUGGUGUGUGUCAGAUUCCCAAUUGUACCCUGACCUUUUACAAGCGCUAUGGACUCGAGUUCAGUUUUUGAGCAAUCUGAGUCACAUGGUAUUAAACUGUCCAUUUCCACAUUUGUGGGAAAAGGCAAAAUACCUUUUAUGUAGUUCAAAGUUCAUGCAUAUUGCAAGUGGAGGUAGAACUCCCAGCCUAUGACGCAGGUCUUACAAUAAGUCCUCCACAGGCGUCACAUGUCCAAGGACACUUUCUAAGAAGUGCUGCUCGUGGGAAAAAUCUAAGUGAUAUGGCCUUCCGUCUCCAACCGCCCAAGG